AUGGCGGCAUCACUUUUUACUUUCUCCUCCACUUCAAGAAGAGUCGUCCCAGCUCCAAACUCUCCUCCUCUUCCCAUAUACAUCAAAGCCACAAAUGUAGUUUUCAACCCUGAUAUUCCAAAUGUUCAUCGCGAGUUCUUUCUUGAACAAGUAUGUGAGUUCUACUACACCGCAACGGUUAAUAAUGAAAACAACGUCAUCUCCGGCACUAUUGGGCGUGGCCGUCGCUCAGUUUUCAUUACCGCUGAUCUCCUCAGUGCUACACUCAGGUUACCAAUUUUUGAACCAUUCUUUGAGUUUCCAGCUAUUGAACGUUGUCGAUGCCUCUUUGAUCAACUAGGCUAUGAUCACUCGAAGGUUGGUGCUCGAUCAGCUCUCAUUUUGCGUCAAUGUAUGACUCCAGGAUGGAAGUUCUUCACCGGGGCACUUUGCAAAUGUGUGGGUCACAAAUCUCGUAGUGGUGAUCAACUGAGUACUUAUGAGCAACUAGUUGUCUGUUCCCUUCUUCUCAACAAACAUCUUGAUUAUGGGGCCUUCUUCUUUGAUCAGCUUGUCCAAUUUCUUCGUGACAAUGUACGAGUUGAUCAUGUUCCAUUUCUACGCUGGAUUGCACUUGUCCUGGAUAAAUUUUUCGUUGAAGCCUACUACUCCCACUCUGGAAACCCCAUCCAAUGCCCACGCAUGCCAGUACGAAUGUAUCAGGAUUUUCCACUGGCAAAUGACAUCGGCAUCUCUGAUCGGAUGCGAGAAUGGAUCGCAAUUCCAUAUAUACCGUUCCUUCACUAA